UAACAGAUGUUUAUGCUUAACAACACACAGUUCCAUCCUUCUUCAUUCCUUCUGCUGGGAAUCCCCGGGCUAGAAUACGUGCACAUCUGGAUUGGAUUUCCUUUUUUCUUGGUGUAUGUUGUGGCAGUUGUGGGGAAUGCUAUGGUCCUCUUUGUGAUUCAGUCUGAACGUAGUCUCCAUGAACCCAUGUACUACUUCCUUGCUAUAUUGGACUUCGUUGAUCUCAGCUUAUCUACAGCCACAGUCCCCCAGAUGCUGUGCAUAUUCUGGCUCAACCUCAAGAUUGUGUCUUUUGGAAGGUGCCUUUCCCAGAUGUUCUUCAUUCACUUCUUCACUGCCAUGGAAAGCAUCUUGUUGGUGGCCAUGGCAUUUGACCGCUACAUUGCUAUUUGCAAACCCCUUCAUUAUACCAUGAUCCUCACCAACAAGAUCAUUGGCAUCAUUGCAGCUGUUGCUAUUCUGCGGAGCUUAUGCAUGGUGCUCCCGUUGGUGUUUCUGCUUCUGAGGCUGCCGUUCUGUGGACAUCACAUCAUCCCUCAUACCUACUGUGAGCACAUGGGCAUUGCCCGUCUGGCUUGUGCCAGCAUCAGAGUGAAUGUUUUGUUUGGACUGGGGAACAUUUCUCUUUUGUUAUCGGAUGUUCUCCUUAUUACUCUUUCCUAUGUUAGGAUCCUAUAUGCUGUGUUUUGUAUGCCCUCCUGGGAGGCAAGGCUCAAAGCUCUCAAUACGUGUGGUUCUCACAUUGGUGUUAUAUUAGCCUUUUUCACACCAGCAUUUUUCUCUUUCUUGACACACCGUUUUGGCCACAACGUUCCUCAGUAUAUCCACAUCCUCUUAGCCAAUCUGUAUGUAGUUGUUCCCCCCGCCCUCAAUCCUGUAAUCUAUGGAAUCAGAACGAAACAGAUUAGGGAGCGAGUUCUGAAAAUUUUUCUCAAGACAGGUAGCUAA